AUGUUUAUGACUUUUCACAAAGGCCACAUUCCUUUCUUCAAUCCCUUCCUUCAAAUCCAGUCUCAUCGUGUCAUGGCAUCUCUCUCGAACACCAAGAUCCUACUCCCCCUAUAUAUCUACCCACUUCCGGGCGCUUGGGAUCCCCUCUAUGAAGCUCUCUCAAAAUAUCCAAAUCUCCAUUUUGUGGUCAUAGUCAAUCCCAACAGUGGACCUGGUUGCGAGCCGUGGUGGCCCAACGAAGACUACGUCCGGGAGAUUUCCCGACUAAAUGCGCAUGCCAACGUCACGCUCGUGGGAUAUGUAAACGCGACAUAUUGCAACAGACAUCUAGAAACUAUCAUCCAAGACAUUGAGACGUACGCAUCCAGAACUAGCGAAGAGAAUGGCCCAAAGCUGGGAAUGCAGGGCAUCUUUGUGGACGAGACGGUGAAUCUGUAUACGAGAGAGGCGAAACAUUAUCUCGACGAAAUCGAUCGCAAAGUCCAUUCCGCGCAAGGCAUAGGUGGUAAUCGAAUAGUGAUACAUAACCCAGGUACAGCAGUCAACGCUGAACUGGCAGUUCCCGGCCCAGACAUCACAGUCGUGGUCGAGACUUCAUAUGCAGAAUUCGUGACCGCAAGCUACCAAGAAUGGCUAAAAACAUCACCAUAUGACCGGUCAAGAACCUGCUACAUGGUGCACUCCGUACCCGUGGACAAGGUGCACGGUCUCACAAAGUCAUUGCAGAAACGGGCCGAGUAUCUCUUUGUCACGAGUGCGGCAGAAAACUUUUAUGGCGAGUGGGCUAAAAGCUGGGGUGUUUUCGUCGCUGCAGUAGGGAACUCGCUGAACUCGACGAGGUCUCAUGGAGACCUGAAAAGUGUGUUUCGACGCGGAAUCCCGUUGCUUUCUUCCAAGAAGAAGGUCAAACCAUAA